UGGCCCUAUCCGUUCCCGUUUCACACUCUCCUCACCUGCAACUUCUCCUUCGCCCCCGUUCCCCUUCCUUCCUUCCAUAAGUCCUCCCCUGCUAUUUCCACCUCACAUCCGCCAAGCCACCACCACCACUCCGCCAGGAGCAGCCAGCCAAGCCAUGACGACCUCCGCGCUCGCCAACCUAGCCGGCGCCUCCCCGCUACCCACCUUCGCGCCGAGGCCCAGGUCCAGGCCCAAUUCGGCGAGCCCGGGCCCGACUGGGCCCGCCGCGCCGCGCCGGCUAGCCGUCGCGCCGCCCCCUCGGGCCUUCUUCUCGAGGGAGCCGUACCAGCCGCAAAUACCGGAGCUGGCCGGGUACUCGCCCGUCCAGGCGGGGCUCGUGCCCAUGGUCGUCGAGACCACCUCCCGCGGGGAGCGCUCCUACGACAUCUUCUCGCGCCUGCUCAAGGAGCGCAUCAUCUGCAUGAACGGGCCCAUCGCCGACGAGACGGCGUCGCUCGUCGUGGCGCAGCUGCUCUUCCUCGAGUCCGAGAACCCGCUCAAGCCCAUCAGCCUCUACAUCAACUCCCCGGGCGGCGUCGUCACCGCGGGCCUCGCGAUCUACGACACCAUGCAGUACAUCCGGUGCCCCGUCAACACCAUCUGCAUCGGCCAGGCCGCCUCCAUGGGGUCCCUCCUCCUCGCCGCCGGCGCGCGCGGGGAGAGGCGGGCGCUGCCCAACGCCAGGAUCAUGAUCCACCAGCCCUCCGGCGGGGCGCAGGGCCAGGCCACAGACAUCGCCAUCCAGGCCAAGGAGAUCCUCAAGCUGCGCGACCGCCUCAACAAGAUCUACCUCAAGCACACGGGCCAGAAGAUCGAGAAGAUCGAGCAGUGCAUGGAGCGCGAUCUCUUCAUGGACCCCGAGGAGGCCCUCGCAUGGGGGCUUAUCGACGAGGUCAUUGAGAGCCGCCCAGCCUCGCUCAUGCCCGAGGGCCUCAGCGGCGUUGACUCGCCUAACAUCGGUGGGAGCGGCGGCGGCGGCAGCGGACGUGGCAGGGAGAUGGAGGAGCCGUCGGCAGUAUGAGGGGUGGGCACAAAGGUGAAAACCUUUCUCUGAGUCCGGUGGCUGUGUUGUUUGUUGGUAGAUCUAUGUUUUGAUUCGUAAUACAGCAACAGGUUAACUGUGUUUCAA